AUGAUUAAAAAAGUGAAGUUCAUAAGAAACGGAGAUAACUUCUACCCCGGAUUAACGUACACUGUUUCUCCACUUAGGCACAAGACCCUGGACUCGCUGUUGGACGAACUGACUGACACUACACUUUGUGAUAAGCGAAUUUUGCCAAAAGGAGUUAGAUACCUCUUUACUUAUGAAGGAUUUGGUCCAAUUGAGACUUUAGAAGAGCUGUACGACGGUGAAACGUACAUUUGCUCAAGUACCAAAACCAUUAACAGUACAAACCGAUUAAGACAACAUCACCACAAUCAGAGUAAUUUAAAGUCUACUAAACUCAUUUUACUGAAUAAUUCAAGUAGUCUUAACGACAGUAAUAACACUUUUAGUAGUUUUGGUAAUAAUAAUAAUGCUUCAUCUUUACCAUCGUCGCCAUUAUUUUCGAAGAGACACUGGCGCUGCUGUAAGGGACUCGACCCGGGGUCAAGGGGUCACAUAAAUGAUGAUUUGGAGGAUGCAAGAGAAUUCAUAAAACCCAGAUUAAUCACUGUAAUCCGGAACGGUGCUAGACCCCGGAAAUUAGUGAAAGUGCUUCUGAACAAGAAAACAGCGUUAAGCAUGGAGCAGGCCCUGAACGAGAUCAACACGUCAGUCAAAUUAGACUCUGGACCCCUCAAAAAAGUUUACAUGGCCAACGGAAAACCGGUUUCUUGUCUGAAAGAUUUUUUCGGUGAAGAGUCGUUGUUCUUUGCUUACGGUAAUGAAAAAUUUUCCAAAGAUGACCUUGAACUUACAGCAUCAGAAAUAGUGCAGGCAACAUCAGCCAAUAAGCAAGCGGCCGGGACGAUCAACACAAGCUGGACUCUCUUCAAUGGAAAAAGUACUCCUACUGAAGAUUCCUCACCUACCAAGCCGCACACAUCUGAAUCCCAGCCUGAUGCUUUUAAAGUGAAUGAUGUUUCAACUGUAAAGAAAGAUAGAGCAUCAGUUAAGACGAGUAUGUCGAAUUGCUGA